CACAGAGGACCAGAGGAACAGAGGGUACAGAGGACAAGAGGCACAGAGGACCAGUGAAACAAUGGGUACAGAGGACCAUAGGAACAGUGCGCUCAGAGCACCGGUGGAACAGUGAUUACAGAGGACCAGAGGACUAGGGGUUUCAGACGACCAGUGGCCGCAGAGGACCAGAGGAGCAAUGGGUACAGGGGACCAGAGGAACAGUGCGCACAGAGGACUAGUGGAACAGUGGGAACAGAGGAACAGGCAUAGGGUAAAAUAUGGACUAGGCCAUUGGAAAAACGAUAAGAAUUUUCAUUUCCCUCAUGUACUUUAAAGACCUAGCUCGUUUUGUAUUUUAUUGCGAUGGGCUACAUCGAGGGAGUCUUUGUUUCCUGAAAAUUGUGUCUUGCAAGAGAGCUGCCAUAAAUUUCUAUAUUUGAGUUCUUCUCAUGCCGUAUGCACAAAUGCAGGAAGAAAUUUCCGCAGAAUGUUCGACAAGCCGACAGUUUUGCCAGAAGCUAGCAUUCAAAAGUAGCGCUAUAAAUAUCAGAGUCGGAAGUAAUGACCUUAUAAUAACCAAAACGUGAGCAAUAAUCUCUUCCUACAAUUUGUAUCACUUCAGCCGCUAAUUAAUGCAUACUAAUGAACACUCGUCUAAUCGAAAAAAGAUAAAAACGGAGGAGUGGGCGUGGUCCACGAAAACUCCCGUGCAAUAACAAAACUCUUAAUUCGUGCAAUCUGUUAGCAACUUUGGGUAUAGUCAUUUUCGUUAAACAAUAAAUGCAAAAUGAGUUAUCUUCAUGGAACGAGCAGUGAUCGAAAACCAUCGCACGUAAAGUCAAUAAAACACUGAAAUUGUUUGAAUUGCAGACCAUUCGAUCUGUCCGGCUAAGACUCAUACAACCCGUCAAUUGUAUUAUUGGGCUUCCCCGGUGAAAAUUGAUCUUGUGAAAGCAAAGUUACACCUCUAAGAUACCGAGUUUGUCAGGCUAAAAAUUUCUCCGAUGAAUGCAAGCUUUCUCACCAAUCAUGUAACAAGCCGCAAUCGCCUCUGCUGACAGAAAGGCUGAUGUAAAAAUAGAUCCACUUCAAUAGACCUUUUCCUUAUAGGGCUUGUAAAAAUUUAAUGUCAUGUUAACCACGAGAUAACCCUGAUUUGCAAAACGAAACAAAAUGAAAAAGUUUUAUUUGUGAGAAUAACUCAAAUCGGUAAUUUGCGAAAGGGAAAUACUUCAUUUGUGAGUUUGAAAUCCGUAAUAUUCGAAAAAGGUUAUUCUGUAGUUUGCACUUCUGUGAAUUUAAUGAUCAAUGCAGUGGCUAUGUAAAAAAAAUUGCGCCCUUAAGCCAUGAAAGGCAAACCCGUUAUUUGAAAAAUUAUCCAGCGCCGAAGCUGUGCAGUUUUAAUCACUAAUGUACGAAGUGGAAUGCGUGAUAUGAUACUCAAGCGUUUGCUUAUUGUAUCAAAAAGGAGAAACCUGUGUAUCUGAAAAGAGAGAAGAUUGCUUUGUACGAUUGUACCAACAAUGAUUUUAUAUGUUAAAGUUAUAAACGUUAAAAUUGCGAUAGCGCAAAUGAAAACUUAGGGCUAAGGACUGGAAAUUUCGUGAUCUUGUCUGAUAAGGUCAAUGAAAAAAGGAAGAUAGAAAAUGUGGUAUACACAGAGGGAAAGGGGAAGCAACUAAUGGUGCAUAAGUCUACUCAAAAGCCACACGCAUAACUCAACAGUGGAGGAUCGUAGACGCGAUAUUUUCAGUACCAAUUUAAGUCCAGAGUUUAGGUGGCGGUUUUGCAUUUGUAUGACAAAGAAAGGAAGGAACACCACGGCCCAGCGCAAGAAUUUUCGGCACACAAAAAGUCAGUCGAAAAACCGAUUAAAAUUUGUAUGAUCGAGUAAAAGCUACAUUAAUCAGUAGUGUUUACUAUUAAAACCACGUCCCACCCCUCGCUGCGUAAUAUUCUCUCACCCCAUCCUGAGUAAUAACACUGUGCCUUCCACGCCUCCCUCAGUACUGAUAGACUGUGUCCAACCCUCCCUGAGUACUAAUGGUGUGCUUUCUCUCCCCCCCCCCGAUAAAAUGGUCCAAAAAAUUAUUCAAAAAUGGUCCCAAAAAAUAGUCCAGUCUAUGUUUUACCCUAUGCCCAGAGGAACAGUACGCACAGAAGUCCAGAGGAACAGAAGGCACAGAGGACCAGAGGAACAGUGGGUACAGGGGACCAGUGGAACAGUGAGUACAGAGGAACAGUAGGCACAAAGGACCAAUGGAACAGUGGGUACAAGGGACCAGUGGAAAAAUGGGUUCUGGGGACCAGGGGAUUAGAGGAACAGUAGGCACAGAGGACCAGUUAAACAGUGGAAAUGGUAGACCAGAGGAACAGUGGACCAGAGGACCAGAGGACCAGAGGAACAGUGGGCACAGUGGGCACAGAGGACCAGAGAAACAGUAUGCACAGAGGAGCAGCAGAACAGUUGGCACAAAGGACCAGAGGAACAGUGGGCACAGAGGACCAAUGAAACAGUGGGUACAGAGGAUUAGAGGAACAGUAAGCACAGAGGACCAGUGGAAAAAUGGGUACAGGGGACCAGAGGAACAGAGAGUACAGAAAACCAGUGGAACAGUGGCUACAGAGGACCAGAGGAAGAGCAGGUACAAACGACUAGAGGAACAGUGGGUACGGACGACCAGAGUAACAGUGGGCACAGAGGAGCAGAAUAACAGUGGAACAGUGGGUACAGAGGAACUGAGGAACUGAGGAACAGUGGGCAUAGAAGACGAGAGGAACAGUCCGUACUGAGAACCAGAGGAACAGUGAGUACAGAGAACCAUUGGAACAGUGGGCACAGAGGACCAGGAAAACAUUGGGUACAGAGGACCAGAAGAACAGUUGGUACAGAGGACCAGAGGAACAGUGGGUAGAGAGGACCAGAAGAACAGUGGGCACAGGGGACCAGAACAGUAGGUGCAGAGGACCAGAGAAACAGUAGGCACAGAGGAUCAGUGGAACAGUUGGUACAGGGACCCAUAGGGACGAUGGGCACAAAGGACCAGUGGAAAAAUGGGUUCAGGGGACCAGAGGACCAGAGGACCAGAGGGUAGAAAGGACCAGAGGAACAGUGUAAACAGAGCACCGGCGGAACAUUGGGGUAACCAUAGGAACAGUGACUAUAGAGGACCAGUGGAACAAUGGGUACAGAGGACCAGAGAACAGAGGGUACAGAGGACCAGAGGAACAGUGGGUACGGAGGACCAGUGGAGCAGUGGAUACAGAGGACCAGUGGAACGGUGGGUACAGAGGACCAGGGGAACAGUGGGCUCAGAAGAACUGUAGGUACAGAAAACUAGAGGAAUAGUGGGCACAGAGGACCGGAGGAACAGUGGGUACAGGGGACCAGUGGAACAGCGGGUACAGAGGACCAAGGGAACAGUGGGUACAGAAAACUAGAGGAACAAUGGGCACAAAGGACCACUGAAACAGUGAGUACAAAGAACUAGAGGAACAGUGGGUAUAGAGCACCAGAGGAACAGUGGGUAAAAAGGAUAAGAAGAACAGAAGACCAGAGGAACUCUGAGUACAGAGGACCAGAACAACGGAGGACCAGAGGACCAGAGGAACAGUGAGCACAGAGGACCAGUGGAACAGUGGA